CCGGGGUGUGACGUCACUCUCCCAGAAUGCAUGGCUUCCAGCGCGGCGCCCAGCAGUCCAGGCCCGGACUCUGACAAAUAUCUACAAAACUUCUUCCAAAAUGUCGAUAUGGAGACGAAACGGAGGUUGGACGGAGCGCUGGACGGAGGCUCAAUCGGUCUGUGAAGAUGUCAAGCUGCCUCUGUGAUUCAGCUGCUGUGACUGUGGUGUUUGGGGCUACUGAAUACUAAAAUAGCCUGAGCCAACACAAGAGCUCUUCUCAGGAAACACACAGACCUAGUCAAAGCUCCUCAUCACCGCAGCCCUGUUGGGGUUGCUAUGGCAGCUGCUGUCACAGAAACCAAGUGCUGGAUGCAGGCUUGCCCCAGUAAGGCAGGACAGACCACUAGUCAUUACCACAAGAGACCAUCAAACAGUCAACAAACAGCACUUAGCAAUAAUUCUAGCACUCUACGUUAACAAAACAACCAGAGGUCUGUAGGCUGAUGGUCAGCUCUCUGGAGGAUCCUCAUGAGUCUUGUCUGUGCCUGCUCAGGCUCUUGGCUGGAGUCCCUGUGCAGCAACAGAGCCAGUACCGUUCCUUCUGUUAGACCAUGUUUCACCAGCAGGACCAUCUGAAGAGCCAGCUGCAGGAGAGCCACUCAGCCAGCAGGCAGCUCUUCCACUGCCAGGAGUGUGGGAAGCAGUACAACACCCAGCUGGGUUAUAGACGCCACCUGGUGGCAGCCCAUAGUGCUGCAGCAGGCCUGCCCUGUGCAGAGGGGGUGCCCUCCCUGCUGGAGCACCUUGGCAGCCAUAUUGACAGGCCAUCAGAGCAACCAUCGGAGGGCAACACAAAUGCUACUGUGCCAGUGAGAGAGAGGAAAUACUCAUGUGAGCGAUGUGACCGCCGUUUUUACACACGUAAGGAUGUACGGCGUCAUGCUGUGGUGCACACUGGGCGCCGUGACUUCCUGUGCCCGCGCUGUGCACAGCGCUUUGGCCGUAGAGACCAUCUGACUCGCCAUUUAAAGAAGAGCCAUGCUCAGGAGUCAGGGUUGAUGCCAUCCUGUACACCCAGUACUCCUGUGGCUACACCGACCCCUGCCACCCAGUGCCCUGUGAAGGAGGAGCCUAGCCCUGUGCCCUCUGAUAUGGGCUCUAUCUCCAAGGAACCAAUGGAGACUUUCUCCAGGGGCAUGUACAAUUCUUACGCCAUGGCCAGUCCUGUCCCUGGGAUGGGCCAUCCUCAUGGCCUCAUGCAGGGCUCGUUGUCCUCAAGUGUAGGUGUGGCUCGCCACAUGCCCCCCCAAUCUUCUCAUUCUCACCACCACCAUCUGCAGCCCCCGACGGGUCCGCAGCAGCAGCAGCCUUACAGCAGUAUGGCAAGGUACCAGCACGGAUCUACCUCAUAUCCUCGCACCGACGUGGACAGUUUUCUGCUGGACCUGCAGAGUGCCCCCCCACCUCACCUAAGUGCAGUGAGCUCCUCUACCUCUACUUCUGCCUCCCCUCAGAGGGAGGUGCUGGGUGAAGGCGUAGGUGUUGGUGGUGACCCCCAUCUGCUGUCCAGGAGCCCUGCUGUCUCCUCAACUGAGCUGUCCUGCACCACUAACAUGGACCUCGGGCCUCUGCUGGGCUUUUUGCCCUUUAGUCUGCCACCCUACAGCCCCCACAUGGGGAUGGGAGGGUUAGUGAUGAGCUAUCCACCUGCUACCACCACCACUUCUCCUCCAUCCUCUUCCACUGAGCUGUCCUCUCAAGCUCCAGGGCCUUUCACCUUUUUCCAGCCUCCACAGGCUCAUGUACACCAGGGCCCUGGUGCCCAUAACCACAGCCAGCUACCUCAGGCAUACAGCAGUCCUGCUAUGAGCACUUCAAGCUCCCUACCUCACUACUACCAGGCCUUUCAGCAGUAAGCAGCUCUGUCCCUACAAAUGUUGCCUUGACAUGUGGUCAUGCUUUUUCAUGAAAAGGGUAAAAUAUGAGAUUAGCAUCCUAAUUGUAAAACAAAUGUGAGACUUUAGCCUGUCAGUGCUAAUGAUGCUAAUCUUAGUUUCUUUUUGUAAAACACAACAGAUCACCUCAUCAGUAUUACCUCAUUAUUUAAAAAGGAAGCUUGAACGUUUGAGCAAAUGUAUAUGGUCUCACUACAACCAAAGUAGAGUACUACUUCUGUUUGUCAGACCUGUUACCAACAGUGGAUGCACUUAUCACACUUGACACAGGUGCUGCACAAUGCUGAGAGUCAUCCAGUUUAAUGUUAUCAUGGAAGAUGCUACUGUGUUAGGGAAUGUUCCUUAUUGAGGCUGACUUGUGAUUUUAUCAUUUUGGAAUAUUAGAGCAUAAACAGCCUUACAGAGUGAGAAAGGUUGUUCUAAGAUGUCCUUGCUUUUAGUUGGUAAAUAUGUGCACAAAAAGGUUGAGAAUGCAAACACCACUGUCUGUGUAUAUAUGUGGUUAACUCACUAAAAUAUGCAGUAAAGAGCUUCCCAUUCAGUCACCAGUCAUCAAGCAUUACACCUACUGAUGCGUCCAAAUACAUGAGAAGAGGAGAAAUGACCAUUAAUGUAAUAACCAAGUUUUAUCACCAACCAUUAUUUCAAGUGUUGUAAAUGAAGCUGUUUCUGUGGAAUUUAGAAUUAAAUCUUGUUAGAAUUUGGCCUCUCUUUAUCUAAGUGCAGUCAGUAAGAGCUAGUGAACAAUUACUGUAAAGCUAGACUGCAUGUGCUAUCAUUUAUUAACUAAACAACUAAAAAUCAGAAAUGUCACACAGUGUUACUGGAAUUGCAAAAGCAUUUGAGUAAUGCCAGAGUCUACAAUUCUAACGUCAUAUAUUGAAGAAAUUGUAACAGAGCAGCUUUUUAGGCCAGAAUUUCGCAUUGGGAGCCCGAGGAUGUCAUUCAGCAUCAUGACACAAACCCUUAUGCUAAAUAGCUACUUGUUUGGCAAUACUACAUAGCGUCAUUCAAUUGAAAUGUACUUCAUUUCAUUUCAUUUUCAAGAUUGCAGGCCAUUCAAGGACAACUUCGGUAUUUUUCAACCUGGGCCCUAUUUCCCCAUGUGUAUGUGUGCGUAUGAUUCAUGGGUACUACUCGUUCUAAAAUUGGUUCAGUAUUGAGGGAGGCGGAUGCAACCGGAGCCGCGAAACAAGCUUAAACGGUAAUGGGGGCAAAUACGUCCCGUAUAAGUUUGCGCAUUAAAAGUGCUUUUUUCGCCACUGACCGGUUCAGAUCGUCAGUGCUAUGAGUGGAGUCAGCUGUCAGUCAGUGUUGGAGCAGAGAGGGGGAGGGCUGCCCCGCUGGGUACUGUAAGUACCCAUGAAUCAUACGCACACAUACACAUGGGGAAAUAGGGCCCAGGUUGAAAAAUACCGAAGUUGUCCUUUAAAGGUUGAAGUGAUGCCAAAUGCCCCCCCCCCCCCCAAGCUCCUUACACCUCUCUGUCUGAGCGGGGCAUCCAAGAGCAGUGCAGCAGCUGUUUGACGUACUUAUCUUAAAUCGCUUGAAUUUAAAUGGUUAAAGAGAGAACUUUUAAAUGAAGAUUUGCAGUCAUUGAUGUCAGGGUUGCUGCCUGUCCCAUAAAACUCAUAAAAGCACGUGAUGGAUACUAAUCCUGAUAGCCAUUACUAAGAACCCCAUUCAGGGGUUCUUAGUAACUCAGGGGGUGUGAAGUAACAGUUUUAUGACCUGCUGAGUGUCUGAAUGUUCAAGUUUAAUGAGAUGGCCAAUCCAAAAUACAACACUUACUGUGCGUUCACACCAAACGUGAUGGACACGAUGAACGCCACAAGUUUCCAUUCAAAAUCAAUGUAAAUGACGCGAUGACACACGAUGUCACUUCGGGCGACGCGUUUCAGGCGAUAAGAGCGAUGCGAUGAAGCGAUGACGCGUCCAUUGCCUCAUCGCGUGUGUCGCUUGAAGUUGAAAAAUUUGAACUUUUCAAGCGACAUUGCGUGACGCUGUGCCGCGAAAUCCAAUCAGCGUUCAUUUUCAUAAAGAAAUUAUAAGCAACUAACCGGAGACAGAUGGGAUGGAGCGCCUGUAGUUGGUGUCCAGGCGGGAGAUCCUCGCACCGAUACAGGCCAACAGGUCCUCAAACUGGGCCAGCGUCAACCUGAAGUACCACUGGAAACGACCGUCAUCCAGACGCAGCUCUUGCAGGAGGUGAUGAUAUUCACCCAGCUGUGUGCGUUUCUGGAGGAUAUUGUGAACCCAGACACGGCGGCGUUUGGGUCUCCAAUCCAAAUCAGAUGUCCACAACAGAUAAAGAGCAGCUACGGUAGUUAACUCAGCCAUGGUUGACGAGAAAAUAGCGGGAGGUGAAGAGAAUUGCGGGAGGAGGGUUGCGUCAUCGCGAUUGAAGCGAUGAAGCGAUGAUCAAAAAGGAGACAUUUGUGAUCAAGCGAUGCGAUACUCGCGUUACGGGCGAUGGCAUCGCGUCCAUUGCGUUUGGUGUGAAUGCACAGUUAGUAUAAUAGUCCUGGAUCAGGGCUAGUUAAAUAUGUGAAAUAAAAAUGCGUGGUUGUGGCAUGUGUAGUUGAGUUUUGAGAGGAGUUUCGACAACAGAUAAAAGGCUUCCAUGUCUUGGGAAACAAUCUGUGGAACUUAUCCUUAAUGGGAAAUUUUCAAUCUGCUCUGUGUCAUCAGUGUGUGCACAUGCAUUGAACAUAGCAUUAGUACAGGCAGGACACGAUCUCAAGCUCAGCUCACAUCCCAGCCACAUCAGCUGAUCUCAAGCAUCCCAAUCAACUGAUGGAUCAGCUGAUUAAUGGAAGGGAGUCAGCUGAUACACAGUCUUUCUCUAUGCAAUCGAUUGGCAAAUCUCAUUCAGGGCGCCCUAUUUAAACUGCUUUGACCUCACAAUACUGAGUGAAGUUUAGAAAGAAUGAAGAACACAGACAUCAGUCAGUGUUAGUCCUCCUGUCCUCUCUGCUCCUCCCUCUGCUGCUGAGGAGAAUCACUGCCUGCACGUUAAGUCACGGCUGGUAAAUUUUAAGAUAAAUGGUUGUUUCAGCUUGCUAGUAACAAUUUGCUUUUAGCUGGUAAGUGCUCUGUGCUUAUUUAUAACAUAUUAGCAGCGGUGGAUGAGAGACUGCGGACAGAGCAGAUUGAAAUAUCACUUUUCUACAUGUUGUGAAAGUGAACAGGUGUAUUAGUAAAGUAUUGACUUUUUCCGCGUGGAGGUUUUAUUGUUCUCACAGUAACAAGCGCAGCUGUUGUCCACUCAAGUUAUCUUUGCUUCUCUGUCCCCACUGCAGUAUCUCUUCUCGGUAUUUGUGUGUUUGUGUGUGCGUAAAAGUGCCACAGCAACCCUGACGCACAGACAGCAGGAGAAGAGGCUGCUGUAGCAUGAUAAUAAAUUAUACCAAAACAUUAAAACGGUAAGCUAACAGUUGCGGAUAAAAGAGAUUGGAACUUACAGUCUUUUCAGUACUGCCACCAAUGCCUUGAGCUCCACACCAGUCCUGUGGCUGAGGUCUGCUGGGUGAUGCAUUUUGCAUCACAACGUGCCAUUGAUGAUGCUGGGGAACGCUGGGCACUGGUGGUACAGGGGUAAGCCAAAUACCAUUCAUCUGCACUCACUAUUAUGACACAGAGCUGGUUCAAAAUCUGCACAUUUUACAUUGAAGUUUGUUCUGGGUUUUCAAACUGCAUCACUGGAUAUGAGUAGGUUGUAACUGUGACCUGCUUGUGAAUUUCUGAUUUUAUUCUUGAAUAGAAUGCAGCAUUAAUUUCACAAAGACCUUAAAGAGCACUUGUACCUAUUUCCUAGCUUUUAUAAUGUCACUGUUGGUAUAGACACACAUUCCUCCACUCCACAAGGCAGUGGUGUUGGAUGUCAAGAGUACCCCC